ACAUCUUUGUUCAGGUUCAAGCGCAAAGGCUGCUGGUACUCGGCUGUCAUGGCGCCGAACCCAAACAGACUCCAUCAACGUGAGUCCUGAAUCGUGAUUAAGAGAAAAACACGAGCAUGUCAGGGGGCAAUAAAGCCAUUGAACUGCAAGUGCAGAUGCGUCAGAAUGCGGAGGAUCUCCAGAACUUUGUGAAGGAGCUUGACAGUUGGGAAGCAGACAUAAAAAGGAAAGAUGAACAGCUUCGUGCAGGAAACCUGACAGAACCUCAGCGAAAUCUCCCACCUGUGAGAAACAAGGAUUACAAGAAGAAACGGAGGGUCAAAAGUAAAGUCCCUAGCAAGGGUGGCCAAGAGGAGCAGAAGCCAGCCCAGAGAAUCAAGUCUUAUGAUUAUCAGUCGUGGGACAAAUUUGAUGUGGAGAAGGCCCUUGAGUCAACUGACAAAGAAGAAAGUCCAGAAUCGAAUGACUCUGACUUAGAGGAGGUGCAGGUGGACAAAGACCUAGCAAUGAAAGAGAAAGAAAAAGGUAACCAGUUCUUUAAAGAUGGAAAGUAUGACGACGCCGUUGAAUGCUAUACCAGAGGAAUGAGUGCUGACCCAUACAACCCCAUUCUGCCCACAAACCGAGCAGCCUGCUUCUUUAGACUUAAAAAGUAUGCUGUUGCAGAGUCUGACUGCAACCUGGCUAUAGCACUGGACAGCAAAUACAUUAAAGCCUAUGGUCGAAGAGGAGCUGCCCGUUUCGCCCUUAAAAACCAUCAAGGUGCUCUAGAAGAUUAUGAAAUGGUUCUGAAGUUGCAUCCUGAAAACCUAGAUGCUCAAAAUGAGAUAAAGAAGGUGAAUCAGGCUUUAGCAUCCCAAAGGCAGACUGAAGAUACGGUGGAGAAGAAUCUGGCAGAAGUCAGGCCUGUUGAGGAAGCAAAAUCAAAGAAGGUUGAGGAGGAGCAGCAGAGAAGACAGGAGGCCGUAGUGCAGAAGGACAGGGGAAAUGCUUACUUCAAAGAGGGAAAGUAUGAGGCAGCUGUGGCAUGCUACACUAAAGGAAUGGAGGUGGACACCACAAAUGCUUUGCUUGCUGCUAACAGAGCCAUGGCUCAUCUCAAACUUGAGAGGUAUGCUGAAGCAGAAGAGGACUGCACUAAGGCCAUUGCCCUGGACAGCACCUACACGAAAGCUUUCGCCAGACGGGGCACAGCCAGAGCUGCUCUGGGCAGGCUUUCUGAAGCCAAGGAAGAUUUUGAGCAGGUUCUGAAGCUUGAACCAGGAAACAAACAGGCGAUGAACGAGCUGAAAAAGCUCACCAUGGAGAUGACAGCUAGUGGGCUACAGCAGGCAGAUGGCACUCAAAGAAGAGCAAUUCAACCAAUCAGCAAACCGGAACAUCUCAGAUCUACGAAGCCACUGAGGAGAAUGGAGAUAGAGGAAGUUGGUGGAGAGCUUACAGCUCCACAGAGACCCAAUGGAAGCCCUGCAAGCCCUGGGCCAGUGCCCACUGUGUCACCUUCUUUUUCAGAGAGAGCGGCACAGGGUGAGACUUCACCACUCUCGUCUUCCCCCUCUGCCAAGAUCCAGAAGAUAGAAGAGCUAUCAGACUGUCUUUCAGAGCCACCAGUCAAAGCUCCUGACACAGAUUCCUUGGGAAAACAGAAAGUAUUGCAGAAAGAGGAAAAAGUAACCAGUAGAAUGGAGCAAACCUCAUCUACAUCCUCCUCUUCUGUCCAGCCUGAAGUAAUUCCUCCACCUCCCACAAACAGCUUUCAGCUGGAAGCAGACCUGAGGAAAAUUGGGGAUCACCUUGAAGUCAGCUACAAGUAUUUAAAGCAAAUUCAGCCGGAGGCCUACGAAAAGAUUUUCCAAAACUCUCUGGAGCCUGACAUUCUUAACAAGAUUUUGAAAGUACUUCAGAGCUUUUACAUCAAAAAUGAGGAGCCAUCAGUCAUACUGGCUAUAUUGAAAAGCUUGUCAAAUGUGAGAAGGUUUGAUAUGGCUGUCAUGUUUAUGUCAUCUGUUGAAAAGAAAGUAUUACAGGAGCUCUUUGAAUGUAUUUCACACGCUGGACUGGAGAAUGACUCAGUACGAGUUCUAAAGAAGAAAUAUGGAGUAUAACCAGUACUGGACUCACCUCUGUAUUAGUGGUCAGUUUAUCAAAAAAAGGAGAGACUGUAUUCCCAGACACACCGGCUAAUUCAGUAUCUGCUGUUUAGGACCCGAUCCCUGACAUCUCCAAACUAGUGCUGGGUUGGUGACUUUAAGCAGGUGUUUAGCAGCAAAUCAAAAGCAAGUUGUUCCUGGCUGUAUUUUGAUUAAUUAAAAUGUUUAAAUGUAGUCUUUGAAUGGGCUGGAGAGUGGUUAAAUGUGUACAGUGUCUCAUAAGAAUGUGUUGCUGCCAUAGUUUCACAAGUCUCACAAAUAAGAACAUAAAAUAAAUUAGUCAGGGUCCAAUUUUUUGUUUAAAGAAACACUCAUGUACUUAUUCUAUUUUUUUUAUGAAGGAACUGGCAUUAAAGAGCUACGUUAUGCA